GUAGAAGAAGUAGCUUCUGCUCCGAGCUUGUAAGCUGCUGCAUGUCUCUGAGAUAAUAGUUUGGUUUUUUUUUAUUUUCACAGUUAUUAUUGGGGAUAUCAGGAUAUCAUUUUCUGCGGUUGAACAAGACAUGAAGUAGAAUCAAAACGCCUCGUUUUCUUUUGAAAUAUACGGCUGGCACGAGCUCCCUGCUGCUGGCUAUCUUUAGCUCAGAGCUAGCCCGUGUUGGUUUGUUUUGCUAACAACGAGUUACAGGAACUGUUGUGUUGUGUAGCUGCUCUCUUAGUUAGUGGCGCUCUGCGGUUUGUUGUUUUCAGUUGCAGAAGCCAGUAAAAUAAAAGCGGCAUCGGCCGUGGAAAGCUGCCAGCAGCAGAGACUCUUUGUCGGUGCUAGCAGUGAUUCAAUGAGCUCCUGAGCAGCUCGCCGUGUCCGCGGAAUGAUUCAGCUGCUUGUUCGAUGGGGCUGCUGAGGAGCACGAUGCCGCCCAAGAUCCAGCUGCUGGCCGUGCUGGCGUUCGGAGUGGCCAUGCUCCUGAUAGAGAACCAGAUCCAGAGACUGGACGAGUCAAGGGUCAAACUGGAGCGGACCAUGGCCAGACACGAGGUGGUGGAGGUGGAGCUGCGCCGCAGCGAGGACGGCGGCGGGCGGGAAGCCGACGACUCGGUGAUCAUCUACAACAGGGUCCCCAAGACGGCCAGCACCUCCUUCACCAACAUCGCCUACGACCUCUGCAGCAGGAACCGCUUCCACGUGCUGCACAUCAACACCACCAAAAACAACCCCGUCAUGUCCUUACAGGACCAGGUGCGCUUUGUUCGGAACGUCACCACAUGGAGAGAGAUGAAGCCUGGCUUCUACCACGGCCACGUCGCUUAUCUGGACUUCUCCAAAUACGGUGUGAAAAGUAAGCCAAUGUACAUAAAUGUGGUGCGAGAUCCGAUAGAGCGCCUCGUGUCCUACUACUACUUCCUGCGCUUCGGAGACAACUACAGACCAGGCCUUCGACGGAGGAAACAAGGGGAUAAGAAGACCUUUGAUGAAUGUGUCUCAUCAGGAGGGUCCGACUGUGCUCCUGAAAAACUUUGGCUGCAGAUCCCCUUCUUCUGUGGUCACCAUUCAGAAUGCUGGAAUGUCGGCAGUAGAUGGGCCCUGGAACAGGCCAAGUACAACCUGGUGAAUGAGUAUCUGUUGGUUGGAGUAACUGAAGAGCUGGAGGACUUCAUCAUGAUCCUAGAGGCUGUUCUGCCGCGCUUCUUCAAGGGAGCAACAGAACUCUACAGAACAGGCAAAAGGUCCCAUCUGAGGAAGACCACCGAGAAGAAGCCCCCCACCAAGGAAACGAUCGCCAAGCUGCAGCAGUCAGACAUCUGGAAAAUCGAAAACGAGUUUUACGAGUUUGCCCUGGAACAUUUCCAGUUCGUGCGCGCCCACGCCGUCCGGGAAAAGGACGGCGAACUGUACGUCUUGGCCCAGAGCUUCUUCUACGAAAAGAUCUACCCGAAGUUGAGCUGAGAGCUGAGCUGCACUCUGAGGUUAUUCCACUGGAUCUGCUGCAGACUGUUCCGUUAAAUGUCCAAGCAGAAAUAUGUUAGAUUCUUCUUUAAACUAUUUGCUGUUGAGAAAACUGAAACUUGGACUAAAGAUCUAUGCUGUGAAGAAAGUGCAUCUCCUGAGACAGUUGCUUUGGCUGGUUAGCAGGCAGCAAACUCAGCCUGAUCCAUCCAGUUCAAACUUGUUCUAAACUGUGACUACGGGACAAAAACAAAACUUCUUCUGCGUUGAGUUCUUUCAUGAUUUCUGCACCAAAACUUGUUUACACAUUCCUUUCGGUCAAAGCUGCAUUUGUACACAUUGUAUCGACAAGUUGUAAACUCAAUUAUGGACCAAAAGGAGGGGGGGCAGAAACUAGUGGACCACUGCAUUGUUUUUGCUUCCCGACUUGUUAAUUUUGAUCAUGCUGAGAUGGUCUUUGAUUUUUAAACCUUUAACAUAUCCUGUCAGUGUUUUGUCACAGACAUAGUGCUGACUUUCAUAGACCUGCUCUCUCUGAAGCUGGAGAGAAAAGUAUUGAUCAGAUCAAUGAACACAGUGUGGAAGUACAGGGUGAUUUUAGCCAGAAUCAGACUGAUAGUGCCUUUAUUGUAAUAGAACGCUUUUGUCCACUUUGUGUGUGUUCUCACAUUCAUUCCCACUUCCUACACAACAUUCUGAAAAAGAAAAAAAAAAAACAUGA